GCGGAAGCAAAGGAAUGGGCGACGGGCCCUCCAUAAAUCCCUACGGUGCCAACUCAGAGAACGUACCCCUUCGUGCUCGUCACCGCGACACCCCCAGAAACGGGCACUAGAGAUGGCCUACCCGCAGGAGCUCUUCACCGCCUUCGCGUUCUUCGGAUUCACGCUCUCGGUGAUCCCGCUCUACUGGCACUUGGAGGUGUGGAAUGUCGGCACCGUGCUAUACAUGCUAUGGACCGCGGUCGGGUGCUUGAAUAACUUUGUCAACUCGAUUGUUUUCAAGCACAACGCCAUUAAUUGGGCCCCGGUCUGGUGCGACAUUUCGUCGCGUCUGAUCAUCGGUACCUCGGUCGCCAUACCCGCCGCCGCGCUCUGCAUCACCCGCCGCCUAUACCACAUCACCACCUGCGAACAGGUUAUGCAGACGCGCGCCGAUAAGCGCCGUCAGAUCAUCCAGGACCUCCUUAUCGCCCUUGGUAUCCCCAUUCUGGAGAUGAUCAUCUAUUACAUCCCACAAGGCCAUCGCUUCGACAUCUUCGAAGAUAUCGGCUGCCAGCCCGAGAUGUUCAACACUCCCGUAGCGAUCGCGCUCGUCUCCGCAUGGCCGAUCGCCAUCGGCGCCGUCUCCGCCGUCUACUGCGUGCUCACCCUGCACGCCUUUUUCAAGCGCGCCCAGGGCCUGAAGUCCCUCGCCUCCCUCGCGAUGCACGAGAACCUGAACAUCAGCCGCUACUGGCGCCUCAUGGCACUCGCCUCCGUCGACCUCCUCCUUACCAUCCCGCUCAACUCGUGGGUGCUCUGGAUGGACACCGUCCGGCAGCCCGUGUUCAAGUGGGUCAGCUGGGCCGACACGCACUCCAACUUCUCCCGUGUCGUGCAGUGGCCGCGCGUCAUCUGGAGCAUCGACUCGAUGACCGUCUCCGCGCUCGAGGUGCAGCGCUGGAGCCCAAUCAUUUGCGCCUUCAUCUUCUUCGCAUUCUUCGGUUUCGCGCAAGAGGCCAAGGCGAACUACAGCCGCGCGUACUGGAGCGUCGCCCGCAAGUUCGGUCACACGAAGUCGACGGCCUCAACCACCCGCUUCUCCACCGGCUACGGCUCCUCCAAGCCGAGCAACAUGCAGACCUCGCUCCCGACCUACAUGGGCGGUGAUUUCCAGGACUCGCUCGCGAUCGACACCAAGGUCGCACCGUUCGGCUCCGACGAGGUCUUCGCGGAGAAGCAGUUUGCGUCGUUCUCACCUACGGAUUCGUCGACGUCCGGCUCGAGCUUCAGCCCUACCGCCUCCUUGCAGCGGCACAGUCUCGACGUUCCCGUCGACGCCGUUGAGCCCAUUGCCCGGCCAGAACGCGCCUUGCACAUCUCUUCGGUUCACCGGCACUCCACCAUCGAUAUGGUCUAAACCUGCUCGGGACUCGUACCACAAAACUGCGUACACUCCACUCUUCCCCCAUCCGC